AUGCACAGUACUAGAAGCAAAGUAUUGUAUAAAAAAAACAUACCUUUAUUAUCUAGAUAUACUCAUAAUAAAAUUUUUCAAAGACAAAUUAAAACUAUACCCAAUCCUUCAGAUAAUAUCCUGAACAAUUUUGGGCAGCCUACUCAUAACACACAUCCCCACAGAAUAUUGGAGGGGGAGGUUAUACCAGGAAUCAAACUUGAAGAACUUAAAGCAAGAAGAGCCAAACUUAUUGAAAGUAUGAAAUCGUUUUGUGUUCAAAAUGGCUUUAAUAAUAGAACAUUAAUGGUUGUCGUUCCUUCAUCUUAUAAAAAAUAUAUGACUGAAAAGAUACCUUAUGUAUUUCGGCAAAAUUCAGAUUUUCUUUAUUUAACUGGAUGUAUGGAGCCAGACAGCAUUUUGGUUUUAAUUAGUCAAAAUGAUAAUUAUGAAAGUAUAAUUUUUAUGAGAGGUAAAGAUCCAGCUUCUGAACUAUGGGACGGACCAAGAACUGGUGUUAAUCAAGCUGUAGAGUUAUUCGGAGUAGAUAAAUCAUUGCCUUUACACGAAUUUGAAGAUUUUACACAUUAUUUAAUUAAGCAAAAUAGGGAUUGCAUGCUGUGGUAUGACUACAUAUCGGAAAUUCAUCCGAAAGUUCACAAAAUGAUGCAAAAAUUUUUAACACAAUCCUGGAAUAAGGUUUGGGAAUCUCCAAAACCAUUUAUUCACAGACUUAGAUUAUAUAAAUCCGUUGCCGAACAAGAACUCAUGAAACAAUCUUGUUUAAUAGCAUCCAAAGCAAUAAAAAAUGCAAUGAUAAAUAGUAGUUCACCGAUUAAUGAAGCCAGUAUUCAAGCUCAAGUGGAUUUUGAAUGCAGAAUGAAUGGUGCAGAAUAUUUAGCUUAUCCUCCGGUUGUAGCCUCCGGUAAUCGAGCCAACAUAAUUCAUUAUAUUAAUAACGAUCAAAUGGUGGAAAGAGAAGAUCUUGUUUUAAUGGAUGCGGGUUGCGAAUAUCACGGGUAUUGCAGUGACAUUACACGAACGUGGCCGAUAUCCGGAAAAUUUACACCGAUUCAACGUACCCUAUACGAAGUCGUUUAUUACGUUCAAAAAGAAUUGAUAGAAUUAUGCAAUGAAUUUCCCACGCUUAAUCAACUUUACGAAGCCAUGAUUGUUUUAUUAGCUAAUGGAUUAAAAGAAUCCGGAAUCGUUUCGAAUAAAUUACCCGAAGAUGAAAUGCACAAGUGCGUUUCUUUAUUUUGCCCUCAUCACGUCAGCCAUUAUCUAGGUAUGGACGUUCACGAUACUUCGUCGGUGCCACGACACAUACCCUUAGAACCAGGAAUGGUUUUUACAAUCGAACCGGGACUUUACAUUAAUCACGAUAAUAAAUAUGCGGAUCCGAAAUAUCGGGGAUUCGGUGUUAGAAUAGAAGACGACAUAUUAAUAACGAACAACGGUCCCAUAGUUCUUACAUCGUCCUGUCCAAAAGAUCCCGAAGAAAUUGAAAAAUUAAAAACUUAUUAA